AUGUGCAGUCUGGAUCAUUGUAAGCGUGCACGGGGGGGUGGGGGGGCUUUGUUAACCGCUGCCGUGCCGUGCCGUGCCGAGCCGUGCCGUGACCCCCCCGCCAAAACGCAGCAUCUGUACCCACUUUGGAGGAAUCAGCGUGUUACGACCCACACGCCACGCUUUUAUAAAGAGCCAUUUGAAUAUUCUCCGCAGAACAAAAGCAAUCAUGUUCGCGGCGCGGCAGUGGGUCAGGGGCAGGUGUACGGCACAGUGGUGAGUUCAGGGGCCAGCUACAGCACAGUGGUGAGUUCAGGGACCGGCUGCAGCACAGUGGUGAGUUCAGGGACCGGCUACAGCACAGUGGUGAGUUCAGGGCCCGGCUACAGCACAGUGGUGGGUUCAGGGGCCUGCUACAGCACAGUGGUGGGUUCAGGGGCCAGCUACAGCACAGUGGUGGGUUCAGGGACCGGCUACAGCACAGUGGUGAGUUCAGGGCCCGGCUACAGCACAGUGGUGGGUUCAGGGGCCUGCUACAGCACAGUGGUGGGUUCAGGGGCCAGCUGCAGCACAGUGGUGGGUUCAGGGACCGGCUACAGCACAGUGGUGAGUUCAGGGCCCGGCUACAGCACAGUGGUGGGUUCAGGGGCCUGCUACAGCACAGUGGUGGGUUCAGGGGCCAGCUACAGCACAGUGGUGGGUUCAGGGACAAGCUACAGCACAGUGGGGAGUUCAGGGACCGGCUACAGCACAGUGGUGGGUUCAGGGGCCGGCUACAGCACAGUGGUGGGUUCAGGGACAAGCUACAGCACAGUGGUGGGUUCAGGGACCUGCUACAGCACAGUGGUGAGUUCAGGGGCCAGCUACAGCACAGUGGUGAGUUCAGGGGCCAGCUACAGCACAGUGGUGAGUUCAGGGGCCAGCUACAGCACAGUGGUGAGUUCAGGGGCCAGCUACUGCACAGUGGUGGGUCAGGGGCAGGUGUACAGCACAGUGGUGAGUUCAGGGGCCAGCUACAGCACAGUGGUGGGUUCAGGGGCCAGCUACAGCACAGUGGUGGGUCAGGGGCUGCUGUACGGCACAGUGGUGGGUUCAGGGGCCGGCUACAGCACAGUGGUGAGUUCAGGGGCCAGCUACAGCACAGUGGUGAGUUCAGGGGCCAGCUACUGCACAGUGGUGGGUCAGGGGCAGGUGUACAGCACAGUGGUGAGUUCAUGGGCCAGCUACAGCACAGUGGUGAGUUCAGGGGCCAGCUACAGUACAGUGGUGGGUUCAGGGACCGGCUACAGCACAGUGGUGGGUUCAGGGACCGGCUACAGCACAGUGGUGGGUUCAGGGACCUGCUACAGCACAAUGGUGGGUUCAGGGACCUGCUACAGCACAGUGGUGGGUUCAGGGACCGGCUAUAGCACAGUGGUGGGUUCAGGGGCCAGCUACAGCACAGUGGUGAGUUCAGGGGCCGGCUACUGCACAGUGGUGGGUCAGGGGCAGGUGUACAGCACAGUGGUGAGUUCAGGGGCCAGUUACAGCACAGUGGUGGGUUCAGGGGCCAGCUACAGCACAGUGGUGGGUCAGGGGCAGGUGUACAGCACAGUGGUGAGUUCAGGGGCUGCUGUACGGCACAGUGGUGGGUUCAGGGGCCGGCUACAGCACAGUGGUGAGUUCAGGGGCCAGCUACAGCACAGUGGUGAGUUCAUGGGCCAGCUACAGCACAGUGGUGAGUUCAGGGGCCAGCUACAGUACAGUGGUGGGUUCAGGGACCGGCUACAGCACAGUGGUGAGUUCAGGGACCGGCUACAGCACAGUGGUGAGUUCAGGGGCCAGCUACAGCACAGUGGUGGGUUCAGGGACAAGCUAGAGCACAGUGGUGGGUUCAGGGACCUGCUACAGCACAAUGGUGGGUUCAGGGACCUGCUACAGCACAGUGGUGGGUUCAGGGACCGGCUACAGCACAGUGUGGUGGGUUCAGGGACCUGCCACAGCACAGUGGUGAGUUCAGGGGCCAGCUACAGCACAGUGGUGGAUUCAGGGACCUGCUACAGCACAGUGGUGGGUUCAGGGCCCGGCUACAGCACAGUGGUGGGUUCAGGGACCUGCUACAGCACAGUGGUGGGUUCAGGGCCCGGCUACAGCACAAUGGUGGGUUCAGGGACCUGCUACAGCACAGUGGUGGAUUCAGGGACCUGCUACAGCACAGUGGUGGGUUCAGGGCCCAGCGCGUGGAGCUCCAGCCAUUAA